GAGGAAACUUUUUAAAUGUUUCUUAACACGGAUGUUACAAUUCGCCUGUGUUUUUCAUGCAUUCCUCGGAAUAAGUCUUAUUCACUCUCAGAGUAGGUUGUAACGUGUUGGUCUUUUGGAAUUACAGUCUGUAACUUUCCACAUACUUGAUAGAUUCACUUGUUUUUUCAUUGUUUAUAAAUAUAUUUGUAGAAGUAACUGUGUACAAUACCUCCCACUAUUAUUCAAUAAAUUACAAGUAAUACAUCAACUCUAAACUUCAUGCAGGGAUUGACGAUAAAAACUAAACGGUCGGCCAGGAUUCUGAGUUGCUUUGUUUCAAGACCAUAGAAAAACCUUAUACAUUUUUACUGGUCAGUUAAAAAAUUUUACUGCUGCUAAGAAAUUGAAGGUUUUUAUUUUUGCGUUAUUUAUCUAGCAAGCAUUGCCAAAAAUCGUCAAGCUGCUAUAUUCUUGUGGAGUGUAUUACAAGUACGGAUACUCCUUGAAAAGUUAACUGAAGCAAAAUCUUUUAGAAAUAAACAUCUUCAUUUACGACGACUAUAACAAAUGUAUUCACAUUUCUUCGAUAGUAAGUGUGUAGUUAAGGCUAUAAUAUAGGUGUUUUUAGCAGAGACGUACAUCUGACAAGUUCCAAACCGCUUUGGUUCAAAGUGAUUUUGGGAACUUAUUACCUUGAGAAUUAUCUCAAGUAACAAAGUAUUGAAAAGCUGUUUCAUACUAGUUUUAGAAUCUUUAGAGGUAUCCACUGUUAUGAUGAACAGUUUUGCUAGUGUUCCUGAAAGUGAAAUCCCUUCUCACUAUGAAUUCCAUCUAAGUUGGGGAUAAUCUACUACUAAUGGGUUCAUUUAUUAUAUAUUUUCUCACCGAAAAUGUUACAUGAAAACUCGACAAACGCAAAAGUUGUUUACAAACAAACACUAAUGUUCGAUGUUGGCGGAAAAAGUCACACUCCAUCGCAAAAUAAUUUAUUUUAGAAAUCAUUAGUGUUCUGAUAAAGUCUGAAGUUUGUCAGUUUUCUUUGUCAUGUUCUUCAGUGUAGACAUCGAAUAGAGUUCUUAGAUCUUGUUCGGAAUUUCUUUUUGUAGUUUCAUGGUUUUUGUCGUGUCUUAGGUCGAUGAAGAUAAUUCGAUUCCUUAUACAUCAAUUAAUUGACUUUCAGUCAUAAAUAUGAUCUUAUUGUUCCCUUUUAGCAACAGUAAGAUGGUGUUCAGUAUCACCUGAAGAAGAAAUCAAGUGCAACCGCCUUAGUUCAGUGAUUCAAUCCACUACCACGAUUUCAAACAAAUAUAAUUUAACCUGUAUUCUUGGCUCAGAUGAAUUUAAUUGUAUGAAGUUGAUCAAUGAAAAGCAGGCUGAUUUAAUGAAUUUGGAUGUUGGUCUGGCAUAUUAUGGCAGCUCAUUGUACAGUUUACGUCCUAUCGCUGUGGAAAACUAUGCAAUAAGCAAUGCACCUAAUGCAAGGAACCUGUACUAUUAUGCGGUCAUGGUUAAGCCAAUCAGUAUAAGUAUAGAUCCUACAAAUUUAAGGGGCAAAGAAAUUUGUUCAGCCGGUGCUGGGACGGCAGAAGGCUGGGUAAUGCCCGUUGGUACACUAAUAUCAGACUUGAGAGCAAUUCCGGUUACGCAAUGUAACAGUGUAGUACAAAACUUAAUUCGUUAUCUUGGUGAUUCUUGCAUACCGAAUUCAUUAUCUGAAAUUUUUAAUCCUUUCGGAGACAACACACAAGAAGUCUGUCGUCUGUGUUACAAUACAGGGCUAUCUGAUUGGUGUGGAUCAUUGGAUAGGUACUCAGGAAACCAAGGAGCUUUGAGAUGUUUGAGGGAACAUACUGAAAAUUUUGAGUCAAAAUAUAAGCCUGUUGUCGCUUUUUUGAGAGAUCAAGAGGUUGAAUUAGCUUCUGGUGAUGGGUUUCCAAAAGAAAAUUAUGAAUUAUUGUGUCCAUCAAAAAUGCCUAAUGGAAUGUGGACAGCCAACAUCUCUUCAUCUGCAGACUGUAAUUGGGGUAAAAUUCCAUCUCGUAUGAUUAUGACGAGUUUAAUUCAAAAUGAUGUAACUGUGUACACAGAUUUUAUUGAGUUAUUGGUUCAACAUUUUGGUCCGAGUGGAACUAGUGUGUCAUCGUUCAAUUUAUUCUCAUCAGCUGGUUAUACAACUGUCAGUGGGAACAAUACUACACAUCAUUUAAUGUUUUCUGAUCAUACAAAAAAUAUUUAUAUUCCUCCUGUAACCGAAACUGAAACUUACUACCGAUGGAUUGAUCCUUCAUUUAAAAAAGCUCUAGAAAAAUUAGAAUCAUGUCCACUUCCUACGCUUGGAUGGUGUGUAAUUGAUGAAUUUGAAAUGUCUAAAUGUCAGCGUAUGUCUAGUGCAUUCUCUGCAAAACGUAUUCAACCAGAAAUGUUUUGUUUACAAGCUAAUUCAACAAUUGAUUGUAUGAAAUUAAUCAAAGAUGGUUAUGCAGAUAUGGUUACAUUAGAAGCUGGUGAUUUGUAUAUAGCUGGAAAAUAUUUUGAUUUAGUUCCAGUUGUUUCAGAAAAUUAUGGUAAUGGACCAUUCUAUUACGCAGUUGCUAUAGUUGAAAAAGUAAAUCCUGGUUUAUUAAUUUCGAAUUGGCGUCAUCGUCGUACAUGUCAUAGUGGUGUAGGUAAAGCAGCUGGAUGGAUCAUUCCAUUGAAUACGGUCCUGGAUACAAGACAAGUAAUUGUACUGGAUGGACAUUUAGUUCAUGCAUUUGGUGAACUAAUUAGUCGAGCUUGUAUACCUGGAAUACUAAACAAAGCAUAUGAUCAUACUGGAACAAAUUCAUUAAAUCUUUGUGAAUUAUGCACUGGUGGCAAUGCUGACAGAUGUCGUCGAGAUAAUUUAGAGUUGUAUUAUGGAGAUGCUGGUGCAUUUAGAUGUUUAAUAGAAGGUGCAGAUAUUGCAUUUGCACGGCAUACAACAGUUCAUACAAAUACUGGUGGGAGAAAUCCAAAUUUUUGGGCUCGUGAUUUACGUGAAGAUAAUUAUGAAAUAUUAUGUCCUGAUGGACGACGUGCUGAAGUUCAUGACUGGAUCACUUGUAAUCUUGGUAAAAUUUCUAGUAAUGUUGUAGUUACUGCAAAUUAUAAAUCUGAAAAUGAAAGAACUAAUAUGUGGCGUUUAUUACAAUAUGGUCAAGAGUAUUAUUCAUCUGAUAGUGAUCCAGUUUUUCAAAUGUUCAAUUCUGAAUUUGGUCAAAAAGAUUUAAUAUUUAAUGAUGAUACAGAGAGUUUAAGUUUAAUUCCAUGGGAAAAUCAAACAUAUGAAGCUUGGCUUGGUCAACGAUUUAUACAAAUGGUUGAAAAUUUACAAGUCAUAUCAAAUCGUUAUGAAAAUGGUUUAUAUAAUAGUGGUAUACUUAAAAUAGACCAAUCUAUAACUCAUUAUACCAUUAAAUGGAUAUUAACAAUGAUCAUUUGUGUUUAUCAUUGUUUGAUCUGUUUAUAGAUAGAGAUCUGAUCAUGAAAUUCUUUGUCAAAGUGUAUAUUGUAUAUUUAUUAGGUACUUUCUAAUUAUAAAUAUGAAAUAUUUCCAUUGUAUAAGGGUUGUUAAUUAUCUUUUUUGUUUUCUUUCAAAAAAAGACAUUAGAAUACACCUUGUUGAAUACUUUCACAAUUGACAAUCUGUGUAUCACUACUGAAUAAAGUCUGUUUUAGUGUAAUACAUAGAUUACUAUACUU